GCUCGCCCUGUCAGUUGUGGCUAGAAGCUUCAGCCAACAAGUGGCUCAAUAAGAAGCUUGUCUCUCUUGUAUUCUUUCUUUCUGUUUCGUUCAAAAGUUUGUUUGUUAUUUCGCUCACAACUGUUUCGGUGCUCAGCGGCUUUGCUAUGGCAACGUUCAACUGCGUUCAAUUCUGGCUUCUUCUCCUCGUCUCGUCUCUCUCGUGGCUUACCAUUUCAACAGCUCCGAUGUCGGACAUUGAUGUCACGGUGGAUGAUCCUCAACGCACAGGCUGUUUGUACGACGGCAAGUUCUAUAAUGAAACGCAAGCGGUGCACACGAAAGAGCCGUGCCUUAACUGCAGCUGCCAAACGGGAGCGUUACGUUGUCAUCUGCAAGUCUGCCCGUUCUUGCACGACAUUUACCCACCACCGGCAGGUUGCGUGCUGGUCGAGAGGAAGAAUGCCUGCUGCCCGAAAUUGCAUUGUCCCGGUGCACAUUCCGGCGGCAACCGACUCUUCCGCAAAGACCCUACCGGUCAGGUGGGAGCCUGGAAAGUUCGCGAAGAUUUGCGUAAAAGAUUGGUGAAACAUCUGGCCAAAAGCGGUAGCGAUAAACAAGGUUGCGUGGAUUCUGGAACGCUGUACGCCGAUGGCUCGGCCAUGAUGACAUCGUCCACUUGCGAAUAUUGUUUCUGCUUAAAAGGCAAACAGACGUGCGUCAAACCGCGAUGCGCAGAACCGGAACUGGAAGGAUGCACGCCCCGCUUCCGUGAUCUGGCCUGCUGUCCAACUCAUUACGAUUGUGCCACGGCGACGGCCAACGCCACAUCCGUCGUUACCAAGACGAUGACACCCAGCGAACGUCGAGGUGACCGCGUUCGUCCGAUGUCUGGCGCGGCCGCGGCAAACGUCCGGGGCAAUGACCGCAUUUUCGAUUCUUCUUCAACGACAUCCUCGCAUCAUUUAAAGUUGGCCAAUUCGCGUGUCUUUCGGAAGAAGAGGCUGACGAAGCGCAGCGCCGAUAUCACAGCAACAGAAGCCACGACUUCCAGUCAAGCGCAGUCUGAGGAGCCGAACGCCGUUACCCUCGGGCCGGAUCAUCUGACGCAAGAGGAUCCGCAAUCCAAUUUGGAAGCCAUUUCCGCGGCAUCCUUUUUCCGCAAAGCGAUUGAAGAGUCGCCCAACAACGACGUUCAACUCGAUUUAAUCGAAGGGCCGCAUUUGGAUUCAUUGGCCAUCGAAGGAUCGUUGGUGGAAAGUCGCGUACCGGCCCCGAUGUCCAUCACCGAUGUGCCCGAAGAGUCGGCCACGGUCGCAACGGACGACAACGUCCCACCGACGGCCCUGACCGAAGCCGAAGACGCGCCCAUCUCCGACGAUUUGCCAGUGUCAUCGCGUCUCGAUGAAGAACCUGAACUGAUUCCAGACGAAUUAGAUGCAGAAGCGGCCGAAAGGAACGUUGAAGUCAGCGUUUCGUCGUCGAUCACGUCCGUUUCGCAAUCAUCUGCCCGCGUUGUGGGCAAAGAAGAGGCGCUUAAAACAAACGCAACGGCCCCUCCGAUGGCAGCCCCUCCACCGAGCAGCGCCAAUCUUCUGCCUGUUGUCGAGAAUAAAACAGCCAAACCGAUGGCCGAUGCGGGGCAAGUGGUUCCGUUGGUUCCGCCAAUGCUGGCGGAAGAGGAGGAGCCCCUGGACUACGAUUACAGCAACAUGGAACUGCCUCCAUCUUUACCUAAUCUCGAGAUCAUUCCGUUCGUGGCGGCCGAUGCGGUGAUGGGCGUCUCUAAUUUAGAAGAAGACGAACGUUUGAAUUUAGGCGGUGUCAUGGAACAGCGAACGCCUUUGUCUCCGGCAUCUGCCUCUGAAUCGAAAACAGAGCACUGUAGUAGCGGUGGUGAUUUUUAUAACCACGGCGAGUUGAUCAAGAGUCAGCCGGGCGAGGUGGAGGAUCCCUGCAAGAUAUGUCGCUGCAUGCUGGGCGAUAUCGUUUGCCACGAAACGCAGUGCGCUCCGCUAUUGCCCGGCUGUCAGCGGCUUGACCAACCCGAUUUCUGUUGCGGACAAGUGGUCUGCGGUGGGAAUUCUGGUGAUCGGGUGGAACCGUUGAACGAUGCGAUCAACAGCACAAUGGCAAGCGAUAAAGGCCAGCCGCAAGAGAAAGUCCAACCGUCUGACGAAGAAUCGAAAACAACAUCGACCACCCAAUCAUCGUCGCCUAUGCUGGCCUUCAAGGUGACGUUCCCGCCUCGGCCGAGCAGCACUCUGCCUCCGCCUCCACCUACACCGAGCUUCUUAUUGCGACGCUUCACAUCGAGUAGGCCUACAGCGCGACCGACCAUGCCGACGACGCCCAGGUCGUUUAACAGCAAAUUCAGCAAACCGGCCAUCAAUAAUCUAGUCGGAGUGCCAGCGCCUUUCGCUACAGGAGGACUGAGGAUUGACAGCUGCAACAUUUACGGACAGAUGUACCGAGUGGGACGCAUAAUCGAUGAGCUGUCGGGACCAUGCGUUGAAUGCAAAUGCACAGAGAUCGGCGUCAAUUGCGUGAACCUCAAGUGCUAAUUAACGCAGAUCUCAGACGUUGUGUAUCUGAUCUGCCCCGCUUCUUCCAGCACUCCGUUGAGUCUAUACAGUAACCGCGUGAAUCACGUCUUCGACGCUAAUUAACAUAACAAUCAUUUAUUCCUUUUUUGUUUUUGUUUUUUUUUAAUUGGGUGUUGUUUUCUUUUAACGUUUCAUUUUUGUUUGUUUGCGUAUAACGAGUGGCACAAAAAGCAUGACGCGAUGAUGUUGAAUUAGGGUGUGCGACGGUCUCCCCCCAUUUUGGUGAAGUUUUCUGUCAUAUUUUUUUUUUAUUAUUAUUUAAUGUUCCAAUCUUCGUUGAUAUGAAUACCUAAUUUUCCCGGCCGAUAUCGAAUUAAAAAAAAAUACAAAAUACAAAAUCUGUUCAAUAUCAAAAGACGUUUGGAUAUGCUGACCUCUGUUGACACGUUAUACAUCGUUCAUUGUUUUUGUUUUUUCUUUCAAUCACCACCUCAUUUGAAUAAAUUUCAAUAGGAAAGAGGAA